GAAGAAGACAGUGACAUAUAUACUAUAGAGAGAGAAGAUCUGAUUACUAGUUUUUGAGGUCUCGUCUGGAACUAAUGGCUACAGCGGCGAUAGAGACAAGGAUUCCGGAGGCCGUGGCGGCGGCAGAGGCCGCCGGCAAGAACCAGAUGAAGCAACAUCAGGGCGGCGGCGAAGGGCUGAAGCAGUACUACCUGCAGCACAUCCAUGAUCUCCAGCUCCAAGUCCGUCAGAAAACUCACAAUCUCCAACGCCUGGAAGCCCAGCGCAACGAUCUCAAUUCCCGAGUCAGGAUGCUUAAAGAAGAGUUGCAGCUUCUUCAAGAGCCUGGCUCAUAUGUUGGUGAAGUGGUCAAAGUUAUGGGGAAAUCAAAGGUCUUAGUUAAGGUCCACCCUGAAGGGAAGUACGUUGUAGAUAUUGAUAAAAGUAUUGAUAUCACGAAGAUUACACCAUCAGCCAGAGUCGCUUUACGUAAUGAUAGUUAUGUGCUUCACUUGGUCCUGCCCAGUAAAGUUGAUCCCCUCGUGAAUCUUAUGAAAGUUGAAAAAGUUCCUGACUCUACAUAUGACAUGAUUGGUGGCCUUGACCAGCAGAUCAAAGAGAUAAAGGAGGUCAUCGAGCUUCCAAUUAAACAUCCAGAAUUGUUUGAAAGUCUUGGAAUAGCUCAACCGAAGGGAGUCUUGCUCUACGGGCCACCUGGUACCGGAAAGACGCUGCUUGCGAGGGCUGUGGCUCAUCACACUGAUUGCACCUUCAUUAGAGUUUCUGGUUCUGAAUUAGUUCAGAAGUACAUUGGUGAAGGUUCUAGGAUGGUUAGAGAACUUUUUGUGAUGGCCAGGGAACAUGCUCCAUCAAUUAUCUUCAUGGACGAAAUUGAUAGUAUUGGAUCAACUCGCAUGGAAUCUGGAACUGGAAAUGGUGACAGUGAAGUACAGCGCACAAUGUUGGAGCUUCUUAAUCAACUGGAUGGAUUUGAAGCAUCCAACAAGAUAAAAGUUUUGAUGGCAACAAAUCGAAUUGACAUUCUGGACCACGCACUUCUUAGGCCUGGAAGGAUCGAUAGGAAAAUUGAAUUUCCAAAUCCCAAUGAAGAAUCUCGGCUGGAUAUCUUGAAAAUACACUCAAGGAGAAUGAAUUUGAUGCGUGGAAUUGAUCUGAAGAAAAUUGCAGAGAAGAUGAAUGGUGCAUCUGGUGCAGAGCUCAAGGCUGUAUGCACGGAAGCAGGGAUGUUUGCUUUGAGGGAGAGAAGGGUGCAUGUGACACAGGAAGAUUUUGAGAUGGCAGUUGCUAAAGUCAUGAAGAAGGAUACAGAGAAAAACAUGUCUUUGAGGAAGCUCUGGAAGUAGAUACCUACCUUGUACCAACUACAAAUUUUGUUUUUAUAGUGAAAUAUGGGACAAAUGUGAAUCAAUUACCUAGUCUAUGGUUAUUUCUUGGAAGUUUUAAACAAUGUACUUAUUAUUAUCACCUUUCCACUGUAUUCUCUUCUGCUUAAGAUUGGUGGUUACUGAAAUAGUUGUUAUCCCCUUUCCUUUCUUUCAGUUA